GGCUCCAAGCAAGACACGAUGCACGAUCCGGGAACGCGUCCCACGGCUGCCGGGUGCUGAGCUGCAUAAGAAGGAGCGGGCCCAGGGUAUGGAGUACGCUGGCACCGUGUCCCUGGCUGUGUGGGGCGAGCCUUUUCCGAGCUCGCUGCGCGUCUGAAGUUGCAGCCAGCGAGCAGCUAGCGGGGAUCGAGUGGCCCGAGUGGAUCCCGGAGCGGCCUUCGCGCCGGCAGCGAGACGCGGCGGUGACCAGGACCGGAGCAGGUGGCCCUAGUGGUCCGAGCCGGUGGCGAGCAGAUUCGAGACGCGGAGCAACGCCGCUCCACCUGCGCACACGGAACCAUGAGGUGCCCCAUUGCUACUUCCUGUGCUGUGCUCUGGCUUCUCAUGUUGGUGUCUGGAUCCUGGGGCCAGGUGAACCGACUACCGUUCUUCAUCAAUCACUUCUUUGACACCUACCUGCUGAUCAGCGAGGACACACCUGUGGGUUCUUCUGUGACCCAGUUGCUGGCCCGAGACAUGGACAAUGACCCGUUGGUGUUUGGUGUGUCUGGGGAGGAGGCCUCUCGCUUCUUUGCUGUGGAACCUGACACUGGUGUGGUGUGGCUCCGGCAGCCUCUGGACAGAGAGACUAAGUCUGAGUUCACAGUGGAGUUCUCCGUGAGUGAUCACCAAGGGGUGAUCACACGGAAGGUGAAUAUCCAGGUUGGAGAUGUGAAUGACAACGCCCCCACAUUCCACAACCAGCCCUACAGUGUGCGCAUCCCCGAGAAUACACCAGUGGGCACGCCCAUCUUCAUCGUCAACGCCACCGAUCCAGACCUGGGUGCCGGUGGCAGCGUCCUCUACUCCUUCCAGCCCCCGUCUCAGUUCUUUGCCAUCGACAGCGCCCGAGGCAUCGUCACCGUGAUCCGGGAGCUGGACUACGAGGUCACUCAGGCGUACCAGCUCACGGUCAACGCCACGGAUCAAGACAAGACCAGACCCCUGUCUACAUUAGCCAACCUGGCCAUCAUCAUCACAGAUGUGCAGGACAUGGACCCCAUCUUCAUCAACCUGCCCUACAGCACCAACAUCUAUGAGCAUUCUCCUCCGGGCACUACUGUUCGGGUGAUCACUGCCGUGGACCAGGAUAAAGGGAGACCCCGGGGGAUUGGCUACACGAUUGUCUCAGGAAAUACCAACAGCAUUUUUGCCCUGGACUACAUCAGUGGGGCUCUCACCCUGAAUGGCCUGCUGGACCGGGAGAAUCCCCUGUACAGUCAUGGCUUCAUCCUUACAGUGAAGGGCACUGAGCUGAAUGAUGACCGAACCCCGUCAGAUGCCACAGUCACCACAACCUUCAACAUCCUGGUGAUUGACAUCAAUGAUAACGCCCCGGAGUUCAACAGCUCUGAGUACAGCGUGGCCAUUACUGAGCUGGCGCAGGUCGGCUUUGCCCUCCCGCUCUUCAUCCAGGUGGUGGACAAGGAUGAGGGUCUGAACAGCAUGUUCGAGGUGUACCUGGUGGGCAACAACUCGCACCAUUUCAUCAUCUCCCCCACCUCCGUCCAAGGGAAAGCAGACAUUCGCAUCCGAGUGGCAAUCCCCCUGGACUAUGAGACUGUGGACCGCUAUGACUUUGACCUCUUUGCCAAUGAGAGUGUACCUGACCACGUGGGCUAUGCCAAGGUGAAGAUUACCCUCAUCAAUGAAAAUGACAACCGGCCCAUCUUCAGCCAGCCUCUCUACAAUGUCAGCCUGUACGAGAACAUCACUGUGGGGACCUCUGUGCUGACAGUCCUGGCAACCGACAAUGAUGUGGGCACCUUUGGGGAAGUCAACUACUUCUUCAGUGAUGACCCUGACAGGUUCUCACUGGACAAGGACACGGGGCUCAUUGUGCUCAUAGCUCGGCUGGACUACGAACUUAUCCAGCGCUUCACCUUGACUGUCAUCGCCCGGGAUGGAGGUGGUGAGGAGACCACGGGCCGGGUCCGGAUCAAUGUGCUGGAUGUCAAUGACAAUGUGCCCACCUUCCAGAAGGAUGCCUACGUGGGUGCCCUGAGGGAGAAUGAGCCCUCUGUCACGCAGCUGGUGCGGCUCAGGGCAACAGAUGAAGACUCCCCUCCCAACAACCAGAUUACCUACAGCAUCGUCAACGCGUCCGCCUUCGGCAGCUACUUCGACAUCAGCAUCUAUGAAGGCUACGGAGUGAUCAGCGUGAGCCGCCCACUGGAUUACGAGCAGAUACCCAAUGGACUGAUAUACCUAACAGUCAUGGCCAAGGAUGCUGGCAGCCCUCCGCUCUACAGCACCGUCCCUGUCACCAUUGAGGUGUUUGAUGAGAAUGACAACCCCCCUACCUUCAGCAAGCCUGCCUACUUCGUUUCUGUGGUGGAGAACAUCAUGGCAGGAGCCACAGUGCUGUUCCUAAAUGCCACGGACCUGGACCGGUCACGGGAGUACGGGCAGGAAUCCAUCAUCUACUCACUGGAAGGGUCCUCACAGUUCCGCAUCAAUGCCCGCUCUGGAGAAAUCACCACCACAUCUCUGCUGGACCGAGAGACCAAAUCUGAAUACAUCCUCAUUGUGCGGGCCGUGGAUGGGGGCGUGGGCCACAACCAGAAAACUGGCAUUGCCACCGUGAACGUCACCCUCCUGGACAUCAAUGACAACCACCCUACCUGGAAGGAUGCUCCCUACCACAUCAACCUGGUGGAGAUGACCCCUCCGGACUCUGAUGUGACCACGGUGGUGGCUGUGGACCCAGAUCUGGGGGAGAAUGGCACCCUGGUGUACAGCAUCCAGCCCCCCAAUAAGUUCUAUAGUCUGAACAGCACCACAGGCAAGAUCCGUACCACCCACGUCAUGCUGGACCGCGAGAACCCCGACCCCGUGGAAGCUGAGCUCAUGCGCAAGAUCAUUGUCUCUGUAACAGACUGUGGCAGACCCCCUCUGAAGGCCACCAGCAGCGCCACAGUCUUUGUGAACCUCUUGGAUCUCAAUGACAAUGACCCCACCUUUCAGAACCUGCCUUUUGUGGCUGAGGUUCUGGAGGGCACCCCGGCAGGGGUCUCUGUCUACCAAGUGGUGGCCGUCGAUCUGGACGAGGGCCUGAAUGGGCUGGUGGCCUAUCGCAUGCAGGUGGGCUUGCCCCGCAUGGACUUUGUCAUCAACAGCACCAGUGGUGUGGUCACGACCACAGCCGAGUUGGACCGUGAGCGCAUCGCCGAGUAUCAGCUGCGGGUGGUGGCCAGCGAUGCAGGCACACCUACCAAGAGCUCCACUAGCACGCUCACCAUCCGCGUGCUGGACGUGAACGACGAGACGCCCACCUUCUUCCCUGCUGUUUACAGUGUGUCCGUGUCUGAGGACGUCCCCCGCGAGUCCCGUGUGGUCUGGCUGAACUGCACAGAUAAUGACGUGGGCCUCAAUGCGGAGCUCAGCUAUUUCAUCACAGAGGGAAAUGUGGAUGGGAAGUUCAGUGUAGGCUACCGGGAUGCUGUGGUGAGAACCGUCGUCGGCCUGGACCGUGAGACCACUGCUUCUUACACGCUCGUGCUGGAGGCCAUCGACAAUGGCCCUGUAGGCAAGCGACGCACUGGUACGGCCACCGUGUUUGUCACCGUUCUGGAUGUGAAUGACAACCGGCCCAUCUUUCUGCAAAGCAGCUAUGAAGCCAGCGUCCCAGAAGAUAUCCCAGAGGGUCACAGCAUCGUGCAGGUAGGUGGCAGACUGGGGCCGGACUGGGCUAUGCUCAGCCCUGAGGGCACAGGCUCAGGAGCAUCAUGUCAUAAGCGGUAGGGACAGCAGCGGUCCAGCGUGGCCUGAAAGUAGCUUGCACUUCAAGAAAAGGAAUGCAUGGUCCCUCUUCCUUUCUGUGUGAGCUGAGGACAGGGCCCUGGCUCGCCUUAGCUUCCCCCAGAGCCUUUCAGAGCAUCUGGGAGGGGAAAGUAACUCUUUCCUGGAAGGGACUCAAGGAGAGAGAGCCAGGGCUCAACAAGGCCAGACAGAGAGGCUUUCACAGCAUCUUGGCCAGGCUCCCCCCUUGGAAGAAAGCAGGCAAAAGAAGACAGCGCUCCUUGGCCCAGAGUAGGAGUCACAGCUAAGAGGCCCAGAGGGAGUUGACCCUGAAAAUGAUGUGUGUGUGUGUGCGUGCAUGUGUGCAUGCAUGUGUGUGUGUGUGAUGUGUGUGCACGCACAUCACACACACA